AUGAGAGCCGGCCAGGUCCAGGGCUGGGGUGGCCUCAGCCCCAGCUCUCCCUUCCCUGUCCCCAUCACCCCUUCGCCUCUACAACCUGCCAAGAAGAAGGUGCUGUCUGCAUGCCCCAGCCGAGGAGCUCCGGCACUUGGGGAUGAAGGUCAUGGGCAAACGACACCAUUGCAUAGCCGUGCUCCUGGUGUGUGCCCGCAGUCCUACACUGACCUGACCCGGCCCCACAGCCUCUUCUCUUAUGCCACCAAGGCACAGGGCAACGCGAUCCUCCUCUUCAAGCCCAAGCCCAGCAAGUAUCGGCUCUAUGGGGGCAGAUUUGUCACCUUGUGCAUCCCCAAGAGCACCACAGCGAGUGAGCACAUCUGCGCCAGCUGGGAGUCCAGCACCAGUCUCGUGGGGUUUUGGUUCAAUGGGAAACCCUGGCCCCACAAGGGGCUGCAGAGGGGCUACACGGUGGGGCGGAGGCGGCCAUUGUGCUGGGGCAGGAGCAGGACGCCUUUGCGGGGCAGCUUCGACGCCCAGCAGUCCUUCAUGGGGGAAAUCUCAUCCGUGUACAUGUGGGACAUGGGGACCUCCACCUCGGCGAUGGCGGUGGCCAUGCACAACAGCCCCAGCGAAGCCCCCACCUUCGGCUGGAGAAACUUCCCCUACAAGAUGGUGGGCAAGGUGUACUUGAAGCCCUGA